GUAAACCACUUGGAAAAUAAAUUAAAAAACCACUUUCUUUCUUGCUAACAUUACAUUGUUUAUAAAAAUCUUUUUUCCCUGAGUAACUUUGUAUUCUGCUUUAUUUAGUGUGAAAUAAAAUGAUGUCUCUUAGUAUAAUUGAGUAUUAUGCAGAACAUGAACGAUAUAAGUGUGGUUAUUGUAAGAAACCUGAUACGAGUUACAGUCAUGGUAUUUGGGCCCACACAAUGACAGUAAGUGAUUACCAAGAUUUGAUAGACAGAGGCUGGAGGCGUUCUGGCAAAUAUUGUUACAAGCCUACAUUAGAUGUUACCUGUUGCCCUUCAUACACUAUAAGAUGCAAGGCACUUGAUUUUAAAGCAACCAAAUCCCAGAAGAAAAUCUUGAAAAGAAUAAACAAGUAUCUGUCAGGUGAGACUGAACAGGAUAAAGAUGACAGGAGGAUGUCAACUAGUCAAAGCUAUGAACAGAUAGAAAACUUAGGAGAACAAUUCAUAACACCAAAACAAGAUCCACAAAUUAUAAAUGUACAUAAUGUUACAUUUACUUCUGGUAACAACGAUCAGGAUGAUUCUGCUAUAGGUGACACAUCACCAAUUCCUUACAUGUGUGAUGAUGUACCAGAAACCUCUGGUGAUUUGAUGAUGGAAAAAGGUGAUGAGGCAUCUUUGAAAAGAUUACAGACUGAUUCUGUACCGGGAACUUCUAAAGUGUUAUCUGUAAAAAAAGAUAUGGGUCCUGAUCCAAACAAAGCGCCGUGCAAAAAAGCAAAACUAUUAAGACGCGAAAGAAGAUUGCAAAAACUCAAAGACAAGGGUGUUGACAUCACAACAUUGUCUGACACAAAUAAAAACAAGGAAAAACAAAUUGAGGAUUUUAUUAAUGAAUUACCGGAAAAUGUGAAACACAAACUUGAGAUUAAAUUAGUGCGAACAACGCCACCUAGCGGCGAGUGGUUGGCAACAGCUAAACAGACGCACGAUGUGUACGUUAAAUAUCAGAUGAAGGUCCAUGGAGAUACACUUGAAAAGUGCUCCGAGCCCAAAUUCAAGGAAUUCUUAGUGCAUAGUCCAUUAUUGGAAGAACAUUCUGAAGUGGGACCUCCGUCAGGGUACGGUUCCUUCCACCAGCAGUACUGGCUUGACGGCAAGAUAUUAGCCGUAGGAGUCAUUGAUAUAUUGCCCAAGUGUGUCUCAUCUGUAUACUUCUUUUAUGAUCCGGAUUACAUGCAUUUAAAUCUAGGAACAUAUGGAGCACUAAGGGAGAUUGCAUUUACAAGGAACUUACACACUUUAUGUCCCGAACUAAAGUAUUAUUAUUUAGGAUUUUAUAUACAUUCGUGUUGUAAAAUGAGAUAUAAGGGUAACUUCCAUCCAUCAGAUUUGCUCUGUCCCGAAACAUAUAAAUGGUUUCCCAUAGAAAAUUGUUUACCAAAAUUAGAUCGUUCUCCAUACUCACGUUUGGAUCCUGACAUUGAUAGUGUCGAUGAAAAUUUUCCAAAACAAGGCGACAUUAAUUACAUACCGAUACAUUACAAAGGCUCAGUAUUAUUAUAUAAAGUUUACAAGAAAAAAGUAUCAAAGAGCCGACGUAAUAGUGAACAGUUAGAUGAAUAUUUAAAGUUAGUUGGUGCGAAAACGGCUAAAAAACUAGUUUUAGUUAGAUAAAGUCAUGCGUUAAAUGAAUUACUAUUCCCACCAAACAAGGUAUUGAUUAGUGACGUACUUAUGUACCUAGUCACCUUAGUAAUAAAUCUUAUUAUCUAGGUAAUAAGAACUAUUUUAAAUGUAUUUUCUAGUGUUUAAGAACGAUUUAGAACUAUUGCACAUUCGAUCCUAGUUUAAUUAACAAUGAUAUGGUAUAUAUGCAGGUCAUUAUGCCCAUAUUUAAAAAAAAUUGUCUGUAAUAAAACUUUAUUAUUGUUAAAAUAUUUUUGUGACUUGUAACACUGACACCUCUUCUUCAUAAUUACUUCAUUAUUCCAGUCCAUUAUUUAUAUACCUUUGAA